AUACCAUCUCCCUUUCACGUCCCUGCUUAUAUCUAGUGGAUGUCAUUGAUCAAGUGCAUUGUCUGUUCUGGAUCGGACCAAACUACUUUUCAAUUUAAGAACAAUAUAUGUUUCCAUUUACAAUCAAAGAAAGAUUACAUCCAUUCUUUUCCAGAGUCCACGUUCUCAUUUUUUUCCGAUAAAAGAAAAGAAACAGAGUCCAAGUUUGGCAAAGAGCGUGACGAGAGGGAAGAGAUAACAGUCUGAAAGAAGUAGCUCUUACAGUUUGCACAUGAGUGAUGAGCAUAUUGAAUGUGUAGUUUGAUCUGGUAAAACAUCCAAUUAAAAUGUCUUUCGAUCAUGCAUGUGACAUUGACGAGUGAAUGAAGCAGGGCAUGUAACCCUAAAUGACGACUUUACACAAGCAAGCUUUCGUUUUCUGCUGGCGACGGUCCCAAACUCCGCCCCUAUGUGUCAGACUGUGAUGAUGACAUUACUUUCUUAAUUUUAGAUCACCGAUAAACUAGUCGCUCGAUCGAUAGAGUGAGGUUUCAAAAGUUUUGUAAUUGAUUUAUUAUGCGGGCAGACCAUACAUCAACCUUUCAGAGCAUCAGGACACCUUAUGAUCCACUUAAACAUUUCAUAGGAGUCAUUCGCUUUCCAUUGGCUCGAAAAUCAUCGCCGGCGCGUUCCAUGCAUGUGAUUUCGCAAACACUUUGACUGACUGCAUCUCUCUUAAACCAGUGCCUAUAGGUGAAAAAGGUAUUCAAGACUGAGACAAUCAGAGACAUCACUCAAUAUUUGAAAGAUGGGAAGCCCUAACAAACUUGGCGAGUAUGGAAAAGACAUGUUGGAGUUUGUCGAGCAACUCUGGAGCAAUUUGGAGCAGCAUGCACCGGUUCCCGAUGUAAAGCCGGGAUUUCUUCUCGAAAGGUUGCCCCAAGAAGCCCCCGAGAAACCCCAACCGUGGAACGACAUCAUGGCGGAUGUCAAAAAUAUAUUUGUUCCUGGGAUGACACAAUUCCACAACCCGAACUUUCACGCCUAUUUCGAGGCAGGGACUUCGGCGGCUUCAGUGGUUGGCGACAUGCUUGCGAAUAGUCUGGCUACUCCUACGUUUAGCUGGCAAUCAGGACCUGCCUCCACAGAGCUCGAGAUGAGAAUGAUGGACUGGUUUGGAAAGAUGCUCAAUCUACCGGAUGAAUUCAUAUUCAGCUCGGAGAGGAACACCGGUGGUGGUGUUAUUCAGGAGAGUAACACGGGCUCGUUAACACUGAUGUUUACAGCAGCCAAGAUGAGACUGCUCCGCCAGGUCCGUGGGAAGGAUCUUGACAUUAACCCAUAUGACGUCACGUCGAAACUCGUCGUCUUUACCAGUGAUCAGGCUCAUGUGUCAGUCCAGCGCGUUGGUAUUGUGACGGGGAUCCGGGUUCGUACUUUGCAGACAGAUGAAAUGGGAUCCCUGCGAGGAGAAACAUUAAAAGAGGCCAUAAAACAAGCGGAAAAUGAGGGCCUCUUUCCUUUGCUGGUCUGUGCAACAAGCGGUACUACAUCGACGUGUGCAUUCGACAACUUGCAAGAAAUCGGAGAAAUAUGUCAAAGCAAAGAAGUUUGGCUUCAUGUUGACGCAGCGUAUGCAGGUAGCUUUUGCGUUUGCCCAGAAUUUAGGCCUCUUAUCAAUGGCGUACAGUACGUCGAUUCUAUAUGCAUCGGACCGCAGAAGGCCAUGAGGGUCCACCUACCCUACUGUGGGCUAUGGGUUCGAGACCGCUAUGCGAUGGAACGUACGUUUGAUGAUGAUCCUAUCUACCUCAAACACAACUACCAGAACAAGGCCGUCGAUUAUAAGAACUGGUCCCUAUACCUUACCCGUCCAUGCAGGCCUCUUAAGAUGUGGUUUGUCUUAAGACUACUGGGGAUUGAGGAACUUCAGAAGCACUUGAGAAAGCAAGUCCGUCUUGCGCACGAGUUUGAGGCUCUUGUCAGAAGCGAUGAUCGUUUCGAAAUCGUAGCAGAUGUUGUCCUCGGAUUGGUGUGUUUCCGGUUGAAGGGACCAGACGAACUAAGCAAACGCCUUUUAGAGAUGGUCAACGACCAGGGAAAGAUCUUCAUCAAUUUCACCGAAUACAAGGGCCGAUACGUCAUCCGGUUUCCGAUCUGCAGCGCAGCGGCCGAAUCAAAGCACAUGACUUUUGCUUGGAGUAUCAUCGCCGACGCCGCCAACGAGGUACAGAGCGAGCACGAUCACGAGGGAUUGAUGCUGAUCAAUGAACAAACUAGUGAACUGAUAAUAUCCAAAGAUGGGUUACGGGAAUACAAGGAAAACGGAGGCAUCAAUGGACAUUUUCUGCAAAUACGUUAACGAGAUUACAUUCCUGACAAUUUCUGAGGACAAUCAUGAAUUUGACCAAUGAUUUCCAUUUAUAGUUGAUUUCUUCGAAGUUUCGUGAAAUAUCAAAAAUCUAUUCUGAUAGAAUCUGAUUAUAUUCCUCUUUACUUGAUUUAUUCAAAUUUCCGUGGAGUAUCAAAUAGUUAUUGUUCUGACAGAAUUUGACUUUAUUCAUAUUUAGUAUAGGUUGAAAAUGUUUCUGAAAUACAUGUCGUUCGCGUUAUAAGUGCGUCAUGACAACUCGUUGCUAAUAUAUACUCCCCAGCGAGUGUGAUUAUGCAAACGUCGUAUGCAGGGUUGCCAGAAUCCAGUGAUCAGAAAAUUCUGUAAAACGCUUUGAUAACUUCUUUCCGAUGUGAUACGCGCUCUAUGGAAAACGGAAUAUUAUAAAGGACCAAGAGUUUACCGAUUCUCUGAUAUUCCCUUCUUUGAGUGAACGAUUUAUUCGAACUUUGCAUUGAACUAUUUUGUUCCGUUGGAUUAGUGUGGCAUAUUUAUAGUUUUAUACUAAAGUAUCUUACAAUAAGGCAAUAAGGCAGUCUAUUCAUUUCUGCUCUAGUUGCUGGCAUUCGAGAGAGUUCUGCAUAUUUUCUAGAUUUAAAAUUUAAAAACAGCACUUUUUGUCCUGAGUUGCAUAUGGCUCCUAAGGAAACAUUGACGUUUAAAACGUUAUAAUUAUAAUAAUAAUUAAUAAUGAGAUUAAGAUAUGGAACAAUCUACCCUCCAAAGUUCUGAAAUGGUAAUUAAGCCUACUCACUGGUUUUUGUCUCACCUGCAUAGCAGAGUGAGACUAUAGGCGCCGCUUUUCCGACGGCGGCGGCGGCGGCGACGGCGGCGGCGGCGUCAACACCAAAUCUUAACCUGAGGUUAAGUUUUUGAAAUGACAGCAUAACUUAGAAAGUAUAUGGUCCUAGUUCAUGAAACUUGGCCAUAAUGUUAAUCAAGUAUUACUGAACAUCCUGCCUGAGUUUCACGUCACAUGACCAUGGUCAAUGGUCAUUUAGGGUCAAUGAACUUAGACCAUGUUGGGGGAAUCAACAUCAAAAUCUUAACCUAAGGUUAAGUUUUUGAAAUGUCAUCAUAACUUAGAAAAUAUAUGGACCUAGUUCAUAAAACUUAUACAUAAGGUUAAUCAAGUAUCACUAAACAUCCUGCAUGAGUUUCACGUCACAUGACCAAGGUCAAAGGUCAUUUCGGGUCAAUGAACUUUGGCCGAAUUGGGUGUAUCUGUUGAAUUACCAUCAUAACUUUAAAAGUUUAUGGAUCUGAUUCAUGAAACUUGGACAUAAUAGUACUAGUAAUCAAGUAUUACUAAACAUCCUGUGCAAGUUUCAGGUCACAUGAUUAAGGUCAAAGGUCAUUUAGGGUCAAUGAACUUUGGUCAAAUUGGGGUAUUUGUUGAAUUACCGCCAUAACUUUGAAAGUGUGUUGGUCUAGUUCAUGAAACUUGGACAUAAGAGUAAUCAAGUAUCACUGAACAUUCUGUGCGCAUUUUAGGUCACAUGACCAAGGUCAAAGGUCAAUGAACUUUGGCCAUAAUGGGGGUAUCUGUUUAAUUACCAUUAUAACUUGGAAAGUUGUUGGAUCUUACUCUUGAAACUUGGACAUAAGAGUAAUCAAGUAUCACUGAACAUCCUGUGUGAGUUUCAGGUCACAUGAUCAAGGUCAAAGGUCAUGUAAGGUCAAUGAACUUUGGCCACGUUGGGGGUAUUUUUUUAAUUACCAUCAUAUCUCUAUUGGUCUAGUUUAUAAAACGUUUAAAUAAGAGUAACCAAGUAUCACUGAACAUCUUGUGCGAGUUAUAGUAGUUUUCAAAAUCAGCACUGCUGCUAUAUUGAAUCGUGUGAUGCAGGUGAGACGGCCAGAGGCAUUCAUCUUGUUAUGAAUUUUAAGUGCAAUUAGGGUUCAUAUAAUUUGAUAUUCUGUUUCAUUUAAAUGUUAGUUUUUCCUAUUUUAUAAAUAGCAAAGUGUCUUAUUUAUAGUAAAAGUAAAGUACUUAUGGUUUCCUGUGUGUACGAUUUUGAUGGUUUUAACUUUACUCAUGGAAUAUUUAUAGAUUGUAUCUAGUUUUAUUUACAAGUAAUAACUUUGUAUUGUUUUUUUUCAUGCUAAGUAUUUACAGGGUCAUUUUCGUGGUGCACUUUGGAACUAAUCUGUUUGUAUUUCUACUUACUGAAAUUAAGUGCACUGCGAGAGUGACCCUUGAAUUUAAACUCCUUUGUUAAUUAAUAAUGUAUAUUGUUUAUUGUCUUGUAAUUUCUUUUUAUCUGUAAUUCAUGUUCAUUUCAGUUUGUACUGCGAGACAUGAUGUUUUUAAUAAAAUCCAUUUAUCUAUCUAUCUAUCUGAA